AGGAGCCGGGUGGGUUUGACACACCUGCUUUUGAAGUUUGCUUUUCGUAUCGCACUUUGCACAGUAGGCUAUUCCUUAGGGAUCCGUAGAUAAACGUUGUUUCUGACUUUUUCUUGGGCGUUCAAGUUGUUUUACUUUGAUCGUCGUGAGCCACUUGAAUAUGACACACGGUUAGAGCUCUCCAUUAGGCUCAAGUAGGAUACAAGCAUACCAACCUUUCGGGAAUUUUGCAAAGGACUGGUGGUGUAUGUUUACAUGUCGAGAAGUGGUGGGAAGUGGUUUCAUGUGGCCUUUACGCAUGACGUCACCUUUGGGUGGGCAAAUCAUCCAUACCGUUGAUUAUUUCUACACUACGGCAAGAAAUUGAACUUGGAAAAGCUAACAAUGUGAGAUAGUAUGAGGCAUUCAGUCUCGCCUUUGGAUUGAUCUCCGGGUUGAAGGCUUCCCAGCUACUGGUUUCGAAGGACCACUUCUUGCUACAAAGUUGCUCGGCGCAGCGCCCACGUUCCUUCCUUCGUGCGUUUCUUCCAAUUUCACCCAACUGCUCGCGGUUUGAGCAUGGCAGGAGAAACUAAAAGCUGGUACUGUUUGGAAGAAUGAAGAAUUGUGAAUAGGCCAAACGUCGGUUUGCUCCGUUUGCCAGUCACCAUUUGGAUCGCAUGGGAAUGGAGAGCAGGGACAAGGAGGCUGACAAUGAAAUCGUGGAGGUCCUGCCGCAGGCGCAGCAGCAACCCCACUCGGCACAAAAGUCCAAAAACGGCGACGUGGUUCUGGUUAUCAAUCACGAACGAGUCCAUGCACCCCUCAGCGUUGUAUUUGCCACGCUGCUGUAUUUCGCCGAGAUAGUAUGUGCGUCUUUUUUGGCCAAGCGAUAUUAUGGAACUGGUGACACCAUUUGGAUGGGCUUGACUAUUGGCUUCGUGGUGGUACCAGCCGUGCUGAUCCAGCUGACGCUGACGUUCAUCCACAGGGACUUGGGGAUGGACAGGCCCCUGGUCUUGUUCAUGCACAUGCUCAUGCUGGGACCACUCAUAAGGUGUGUGGAGGCGCUGGUGACGUACUGCCGCGCGGGGCGUCGGGAGGAGCCCUACGUGACCAUCAGCCGCAAGAUGAAGCUCAAGAAGGGGCAAGGCCUGCCCAUGGAGUGGGAGAUCGGCCACUCGGAGCGGCGGCUGGCCACGCACCGCAACGCCUUCAAGCGCACCGCCAUCAUCCAGGCCUUCCUUGGCUCCACCCCCCAGCUCACUCUCCAGCUCUACGCCACUAUCCAGGAGAAGUACUUCCUGCUGGAUGUCAGGCUAAGUCUGAUGGCCAUCUCCCUGGUGUCCAUGACUUAUGGUGCGUUGGUGUGCAGUGUGCUGGCCAUCAACAUCAAGUAUGACGAGUACAAGGUGCGUGUGAAGCUGUGUGCCUACCUGUGCAUGGUGCUGUGGAGAGGCCUGGAGAUAGCCACCCGUAUCGUGGCUCUGGUGCUGUUCAGCACGGCCCUCACCGUCUAUGUCAUCCCCGUGGGCUUGGCCAACCUGCUCUUCUUCUUCUUCCAGCCAUGGGUGGAGUUCUGGAUGCGGAAAGGCUCCCUCCCCGAGAACGUGGAGAAGAACCUUAGCAAGCUGGGCACGGUGGUGGUGCUGUGUGCCGUCACGCUCCUGUACGCCUGCAUCAACGUCUUCUGCUGGUCUGCCGUGCAGCUGAACCUGGCCGACCACGACCUGAUCGAGAAGCAGCCACGCUGGAGCCGUGUGGCCCUCUACUACUCGGCGCGCUUCGCUGAGAACAUCGGGCUGAUCAUUCUCUGGUACCUUUACAAGAGGGACUUCUAUGAGUAUGUGUGCACGCCGCUGCUGGUGGUGCAGCUGGUGGUGUGCUAUGGCCUGGCCAUCUUCUUCAUGCUGCUCUUCUACCAGUUCUUCCACCCGUGCCGCAAGCUGUUCCACCACAAUGUGGAGGACUAUCUCAAGUGCGUCUGCUGCAGGAGUCAGCCCAAGGUCCUGGAGAACGACUACGAGAAGGAGAAAGGCACGAGGGAUGAGGAAUCGGGCCGUGGGGGAGGACGCUCCAAAGAACCCUCACCAGAACCUUUACUUGGGUCCUCCUCAAAAGAUCAGGAAUCGGAACAUGGAGGAGGACACUCCAGAGAACCCUCGCCGGAACCUUUACUACGAUUUUCAAAAGACCCCUCACCAGAGCCCUCACUUGGACCCUCAAAAGACCAGGAGGAGCAGCCCUCAGGGGUGGAGGUGGAGUCAGAUGGCGCUCCCCAUGCUAACUCCUCAACCAAUCACCUAGUAGAACGGGAGACCGAUAUCACAGACGAUCUUUUGAACACAGGUGAUAAUGACAUAGGUGCUCAUCAUGACAUGGUGACUGUGGCAUCUUGAGCCAAGCCCCAGAGAACUUUCUCCUUGUGGCCUCACUGUAGUUAGCACAGAUCCCACAGAGCCUUGUUUACUAAAGGGACAAUACCCACUCAAAGACUGUGAGAACUUUGGUUUUGAACGAUGGAGAAGGUACACUGCUGCCACCUUCUGGGUACUUGAAGGAAUAGCAGGUUGCCCUCAGGAAUACCAGAGUGGUGGCAGAAAAAAUUGCAUUGCUUGAUGUUUUGUGCAAAGAAAAAACACUGAAUUAAGGUGAUCUGUUUGUGAAUGCCUUAUACACUAACCAUAUGUCUUGUUGAUGUUGCUGCCUGUGAUAUGUGUGCGAUGUGUGCCUUUCCACAUCUGGAAGAAAAUCAUGACAUCAGGUGCACACAGUCCGCUGACAGCCGUUCCACCGGGAAAUCCAUGAAUGCUGUGGACAUUCAGAUGCACAAAGGUGCCUUUCAUGAAAUAGCGCUUUAGUGUCUGCCUCCUUUUGUCCAGGUGUGUGGGAAAACAGCCAAAAGCGGCCUUUAUGGGAGGGAUUUAACCUAGUCAUGUGGGGCUGUUCCCUCUGACCCCCUCCCUGUACAUCACUGUAGGCCUACCACUGGACAAGCCAUAUGCCUCAUGGAGGGCUAUAGUAUUCUGUGCAGUGUAAAAACACAUUGAAGUUCAGAUUUUAACACUGCCACUUGGGAGGAUGGUAGUUCAACACUGUGUCAGCUGAAGUUAAGAAUGGGAAAAGUGCAGUUAAGACAGGGGUGGGGAAUUAAGCUUGAAAUGCAUGUUUACAAUUAAGUUUGGUCGGAAAAUUGCCAUAUUUUUAAUGUAUAAUGUAAUCACGGGUUUGAAUGCAAAAUUUGUUUUGUAGUUAUGUGUAUAUAUGCCCUGUGUGACAAUAAUGUGUUGGUGUGAACCAAAUGAAUGGUGUUUGAUGUAAAUAUUUGUAAGGAUUCACACUGAAUUGAUUUUUGUUAUUUUGGAAGUGCCUUGAAACUGCUUUAACGUGCUAUGCUAUGAAUAAAUCAAUGAAUAAAUAAUAAAACAAUAAAUA